UCAGAACCUGGCUGUAUGCGGGCAGCAAGAGCUGCUUCAGAUUAUUUGUUGACAAAAUGAAUGAACUUUUGCUAGGCGGCGAAAGCUGGGUCAAAUCCCAGAAACAGACAGCUCCUGGGGGCGGAAACCCAACUUUCUCCCAUUGCACAGCGCUGCCAGGCCAUCCCUGCCCAUCCCUGCCACAGUGGCCAGCCAGCCAGGCCCUCCUGCUUCGUGUCUGCACGAACAGGGAAAGGAGCGCGGGCAGCGCCCUGAACAAACCAGAAAAACAGCCUUCCCCUGCCCUUGGCCCCGCCCGCCGCCCGAGGUCUCCCUCUCCCAGCCCCGCCCUCCACCCACGGGGGAGCAGAGCGAGCCACCCGGGAGGCAGCUUUGGACUCUGCACCCUGGGGUGGGGUGUGUGCCGCCUGCUUCCCGGCGGGCUUAGUCCUCCUCUGCCGUCCAUGGAAGGGGCCAGGACCCCAUCGCCCGGAGACCAGCUGGAGCUCUCGGUGCUCGAGGGGCAGCCGGACGAGCAGACGCCUCUCAAUGGAGCCGCUCAGGUUGUCCCUUUCUCGGCCGAGGAGCCCCGUCCAGCCCCGGCUGAACGGAAAAGCCCUUGGAGCGCCUGUAAUAGGACUUUGUGUGGAAAGUGUAAACUGUGGAUGGCCAUCGCCUUUAUUUUCGUAGGUUUCAUUGUAGUGAUCAUCAUAAGCUUAUGUCUUAUUGGAGUAACUUACAUCGAUGAAGAUGAAAAUGAAAUACUUGAGUUAUCAUCAAAUAAAACAUUCUUGGUCAUGCUAAAGAUUCCAGAGGAGUGUGUUACUGAAAAGGAAUUGCCUCACCUGCUCACGAAAAGGCUCACAGAUGUGUACAGCUCAUCCCCAUCUCUGAAUCGUUAUUUUACUUCAGUGGAAAUAAUGGACUUCAGAGAGGAAAAUGCCACAAUAACCUACCACCUGCAGUUUGGGGUUCCAUCGGAAGAUGACAGUUUUAUGAAGUAUAUGAUGAGUGAGGAGUUGGUGCUGGGCAUUUUGCUACAGGAUUUCCAUGAUCAGAACCUGUCUGGCUGUGAGACUCUGGGGCUUGAUCCGGAGUCCCUGUUGCUCUACGAGUGAAGUGGUAGAGGCCAGCUGUGUCUGAAGCAGUGUUCCCUGAGCUGUGGGAUGAAGAUAACUCAUUCUAUUUUACAGAAAAGAUACUGUGAAUUAACUGGAAGGAUUUGAAAUGACGAGAGGGCUAGGCACGGUUCUUUUUCUCCUGAUUGUGCACAGUAGGACAUCCAGCAAAACAGCAAGAGCUGCCCUGGUCCCACUGGUGGUAGAAGCAAGAAGACAAAUGGGACAGGGGUGACCGAGUAGCAGGGUGAACCUUCCAGUGUGAAGUCACUGCUAUUCUUGAAGCACUACCUGUCCCCACCGCCAUGUGGACACUUUCUCUUCAGUGCUGGGGUAGACUUUCGGGCAGGAUCCCGCCUGCCUGUGCUGUUGGAGAGGUGGCAGCAGGUGAGGGAGAAUUGAGCCAGUGGUUCACUGAAAUCCCCCUCCUGCUCAACAUUAUAUUUAAUCUACCUCUAAGCAAGCCUCCUGAUAGGGAGGGCAUUUAAGCCCAGAGCAGCAUGGUUAUGUGUCUACCUUCAUGACCUGUAGCUGCAUUUCUUAGCACAUCAGCUGUAGGCACAUCAUCCAAUGUCACUGUUAUCAAUAGCUACAGAAAGGAAAUGUUCAUUUUAAAAUUAUUUUGUAUCUCCUCAUUGUUCUAUGAUUCCUGAACACUUCUCUUAAAGACAUAAUUCCCUGUGAGCUUUGUACACUUUGCUCUCAUUUUGGAUAGUUUUUCCAUGUAUAUUUUCACAACCUUCCAUCAGGGAAUCAUUAAGAACCCUAACCAUCUGCUAGAACUAUUACACAAGUGCUUUUCAUGGUCCAGUGUUAUGGCCUUCUAGUAGGACUCAGUGUCUUCAGGCAUUGAUCAUAGAGCUGAUGAAAGAUAGUUUUGAAACAGGAAGAGCCACUCUCUGAAACAGUUAUAAGCUUAAUGACAGUUCACUUACAGGGUGGGAGAAUAUUGGUAACUGGCUCGGUCAUUUGCCUGUCAUGAGGGAUCAGAAUUAUUUGUUUUCAGGGAAAUUGCUGGGAAUUUUCCAGGAGAAAGAGUUUGUGGUCCUAUAAUGACAGCUCUUUAGCCUAAUAUCUCAGUUAGGUUGACCUUAGGUGGAAGUGAGUAUGGGGGCAGCUGUGUAUGGGGGCGUGUCUGAGUCUUGUCUCAGGUAGAUUUGCCUUAAACUCUUUAGGACCCAGGACUCUGGAUAAUGUGAAAACUUUCCUUCUUAUUGAACUAGAAGCUGCAUUCCUUGUAACACUGUCUCAUUUUGAGGAUAGUUCCUCAAACUAGCAAAACAGGUGAAUUAUCCUUCUUCCUCUUUUUUUUUUUUAUAUGUCAAGUGUAAGCUUUAAUGUAUUUGUACUUUUUAGAAAAUAAUGAAGACUUUUCAUGGAAAAGGAUUUAAAAAUAUUUACAAUAAAUUAUUUUUGCCCUCUG